UGACGCGCACUGUCCUUCUCCAAUUCUAUAUAUAUGACACUAACCUUCUUGUUGAGUUGCAAGCUUGCAGCAGAUCUAGUAUAGCUCGGUGCGUAGCUCGUUCAAGUUUCUUUGCAUAGGGCAGAGGGCAGGUGACCUCGAUAGACCUUCUAUCUUGGGCAACACUGCAAGAGAGAAUAUGUCGGAACAAGCUCACGUAGUGACAACACCAUUAGGGGAAGAAAUGCUGCUUGGAGAUUCAUCGUUGGCAGAAGAAGCUGAUAGAGUGGCAACACAAUCAAGAGAAGGUGUGCUGCCUCAAGAUUCGUCGCAGUCUCAGCAGCAAGAGAUCACUGUUGACCUUGGUCCGCACAUGUCGAUUGAUGAGUUGUUGAAAGCUAUAAAAGGAGCCAAUGGCAUGCCGGUCCUGUUUGUGCCCUCCAUCGACGGGAGGCUGAAAGCAGUAGCCGUGGGCAGUUUUGGGAAUGACGACAACAACGGGUAUGCUGACAAGAACCAGAAGGUUUACCGUUCCUGGUUAUUGCUCCUAACUUCACUGAUUGCCACUGUCACCUUCACUGCGGGGCUCAACCCACCCGGUGGUUUCUGGGCUGCUGACAACACGGCCAACGGGUACGUCGCUGGUACUUCAGUUUUGCGUGACAAGUUUCCCACAAGGUACCAGUUUUUUCAACUCAGUAACAAGAUGGCCUUCUUCUGCUCCAUAAUGAUCAUUGCAAUGCUUGCCACAAAUGUAAAUAACAAGGAGGCAGUCGCAACAUUAAGACAUCGUGUAUGCUUCCCGGUGUAUGUAGUUGUUUGUAUUGCGAGUUUGGGGGCUAGCUUUAUCGUCGGCACGUGGGAGAACUGCAAAAAUGGGAUCGCCACCACAUGUGGGUUUCUGUUUAUCCUCACCUACGUCUCCGUGCACUGGGUUAUGAGUUGGAUCAUUUCAGUCAGACGCCGCAAGCGGACCUUGGAAUCAUUGGUUUAAGAGGUCAUCAUAUUGAUGCGGAUGUAAUUAGUAUAUCCAGGAAGGACUUGCAGAAGGAACAAUAAGAAUCAUGGCAUCAGCCUGCAACCUACAAA